CCUCAUCGCUCAGCCGCCGCCCCCGCCGCGGAGGGCCGGGUCGGGGUCCGGCGGUGGAUAAAGGGGCCACCGGGCGAGCGGGACACAGGGACGGCCAGGGCAGCAGCAUGAGCCGGGCAUUCACCAGCCACCCUGCGGGCGCAGCAGCCUCCGACUCGGACCCAGGCCGGGCGGCGGUCGCCUCGGCCUACCAGCGCUUCGAGCCCCGCGCCUACCUCCGUAACAACUACGCGCCCCCUCGCGGGGACCUGAGCAGCCCCGACGGCGUCGGGCCUUGGAAGCUGCGCUGCUUGGCGCAGACCUUCGCCACGGGUGAGGUGACCGGACACUCCCUCAUCGACAUCGGUUCAGGCCCCACCGUCUACCAGCUGCUCAGUGCCUGCGCCCACUUUGAGGACAUCACCAUGACCGAUUUCCUGGAGGUCAACCGGCGCGAGCUGGAGCUGUGGCUGCGGGAGGAGCCGGGGGCCUUCAGCUGGAGCGCCUACAGCCAGCAUGUGUGCCGCAUCGAGGGCAGGGGUGAGUCCUGGCAGGAGAAAGAGCGCCAGUUGCGGGCCAGGGUGAAGCGGGUGCUGCCCAUCGACGUGCACCAGCCCCAGCCUCUGGGUGCUGGGAGCCCGGCACCCCUGCCUGCUGACGCCCUGGUCUCUGCCUUCUGCCUGGAGGCCGUGAGCCCGGAUCUUGCCAGCUUCCAGCGGGCCCUGGGCCACAUCACCACGCUGCUGAGGCCUGGGGGGCAUCUGCUCCUCAUUGGGGCCCUGGAGGAGUCGUGGUACCUGGCUGGGGAGGCCAGGCUGGUGGUGGUGCCCGUGUGUGAGGAGGAGGUGAGGAAGGCUCUGCAGCAGAGUGGCUACGAGGUCCGGGACCUUCGCACCUACUCCAUGCCUGCCCACCUCCGGACAGGCGUUGAUGACGUCAAGGGCAUCUUCUUUGCUUGGGCCCAGAAGAAGACGGCGGUGGGGGUGUGAGGCCCCAGUGUGCUGCACGGCCCUCGGCUCCCAGAGCCCCUGUCACG